AUGCCGUCCUCCUUCGCCUCUCUCUUCUGCAGGAACAAGGCCUCUCAUGUGGACCCUCUCCCGGCUGGCUACUCGUCGCGUAAUGGCGCGCUCGGACCCACGUUUGUCCCUCUCCAGCCUCCUCCCGAUGUUGGGCUUGAUCCUGAUACCUUCCGAGAGAUAUCUGAAGCUAAGCAGAAGAUCGACCUCGCGCUCUCUCAUAUGAGACUGGUCAUGAGUGGGCAAGGCAGAGGAAGGUCUGGUGGAAACAGUGACGAGUUGAAUCUUGUCUACAACUGCAUACGCGACUACUCCGAGGAGACACUCAAUCGAUGGCUCAACACCUACAACGACUACACUGCUGCUCUCCGUCAGCUCGGCCAGGCCGGAAAGUAUGUCGAGCACCAACAGCGCAGUGCCUCUGGUGCUUGGCCUACCCCCGCUCGCGGCUUGAACGACUCGACCUCGAGACGCCGGGCCAUGCCUCUCGUGCGGCAAGAGACAUUCGCUACACUGCCAGAUGUCAGUCAACCCUCCGAGGUCGCCCAGACGUUUGGUCAAGGCUAUGACAACCCUCAGAUCCUCCCUCCUGAUCACCCAUUCUUUCAGUCGCCGUCUGCCGCCGCGCAUGCCUCCGAUGCCCCUCCUCCUGUGCCCGAGAAACCCCGAGCUGCUCGACCGGUUUCGUUCCAACCUCCACCCGUCAGCAAACCGUCGACCUCCGAGAUCCCUACAAGGCCUCGUCCGUCCUCUUGGCAAGUGGCGCAAGAGACUUCCGGGGCCUUCCUCAAGGCCGUCGAGCGUCUGUCUGCGAGCGAGUCUCUCAUCCCUCAGGAAUACGCCCACCUUCUCCAGAGGGCUACCCAGCAAGAACAACCAGACACAUCUCAGCCGAUCAGUCCUACCACUACCCAAGUCGCCUCCGCAGACUCUUCCCUGAACGCCAAUGGCAUGUCGGCUACCGCUUCUCGCGGCAAGCGAACCAUCCCUCGUGUCCGUCCUCCCUCUCGAGACGCGCCUAUGGGCGAAAAGUCAUCUGCGUUUCAGCAGAUCACCAAGAUGAUCUCCAACCCCGACCCUAGUGCGCCCUCUACAGCCCCCGCCAGCUCCGCCUCGAGCUACCGAGAUGCGUCUGGGUCCAAGGCUAGCGACUCUCCGUCUCGGGACACGAUUGAGCUCGCUGCGGCUCCCCACGUCAACGAGACUCCUAGCUCGGUCAAGACCCUCAAGGCCACUCGUGCGCCUCCUACUCCACCUUCCAAUAGCACGUUUGGCCAAGUGACACCUACCCGAACCCCACCCAAAGAGUGUCCCGCCGCGCACCCUGUCCAGCACCCUCCACCCUUGUCUCCGUCAGCCACGGCCAACCUCUUGACGUCCUCGGCGUCAUCUUCUUUCACGGACGGAAAUUCUGAUAUCCGUCCCACUUCGCUCGAGACCACUUUCGAAGAGUCGCUCGAUCCUCUUUCAAGGCCGUCCAAGUCCCCCGCCCGGUUCGAAUCCCGCCCUCGCGCCAAGACGCUCGACAGUCCUGCCCCGCAGAUCAACGUGAAUGUACCCUCCCCUGGCCUCACUAUGCGACCUUCCGAGGCUCAUGAGCCGCAUCCCACUCCCAUGCAAGACAAAGCACCGCAAUAUUCCCGACCCACUCGCCUCUCCGAUGCCGGCUCUGCUAUCUCACCUCACCUGUCCGCCACCUCCCUGAAGCCCGACUCAUCAAUUCAUACCCCCUUAUCGGAAACCGAGCCCAUCUCGCCCCGCAAGCAUCACUCUGACCCAACGGAAAGUAGCCAGCGCAACCUCCAAGACGUCCUCACUCCCCCAUCAAAGAGCUUCAGCACCUACUCUACACCCCGGGCAGGAUACACAACCCCGGAUGGAAGCCCUGUGAAGAAGUCCAACGCGUCGAUGUUCCCUAGGAGGGCUGAAUUGGGCGAACGACAGCCCCUGGAGGAGAGAAGGGCGAAUACGGAGCCGCAGGAGAGUGUUGAAGUGAUGAGUGGCAAUCCCCAGUCGGUUGAGGUUGUGGAUGGGAAUGAUGCUGUUGGUAAUUCUGUGAAGUGA